GUAGUAGAAUGAAUGAGGCGAGGGAGGACACACAGAGAGCACGAGCGACUUGACUCAGACAGCCAGAGAGCACUACACGAGAACACUAUGAAGCUGUGAAGCGCUUUUUUUUUUUCUAAUAACAAAUAUUUACGAUUUUGAAUAAAUAUAUUAUUUGUCGUCUUGAAGGCACAAUGGCACGAGGAGAAGGCGCCGAGCAGUACGCAGCGAGUUUACUAUCAGUCAAAGCUACUAAUAAUAACGUUACAGAGAGCAAGACAGCAAAGCCAAAGGAGCAGAUAAGUCGCCUGACUGUGUGGAACAAACUGUGCUAUGCCAUCGGCGGGGCUCCCUACCAGAUCACCGGCAGCGCUCUGGGCUUCUUCCUCCAGAUCUACCUGCUGGAUGUGGCUCAGCUGGAUCCCUUCCAUGCCUCUAUCAUCCUGUUUGUGGGCCGGGCCUGGGAUGCCAUCACAGACCCCACGGUGGGGUUCCUGGUGAGCCGGAGUAGAUGGACCCGCAUCGGCCGCAUGAUGCCCUGGAUCCUUUUCUCUACUCCGUUUGCGGUGCUGACUUACUUCCUGAUCUGGUACGUGCCUCCCUUUGAGGAAGGGAAAGUCGUCUGGUACCUCAUCUUUUACUGCCUCUUCCAGUCAAUGCAGACGUGCUUCCACGUGCCGUAUUCAGCGCUCACCAUGUUCAUCAGCAAUGACCAGAAAGAGAGGGACUCUGCCACCGCUUAUCGUAUGAUGGUGGAGGUGCUGGGCACAGUUCUGGGUACAGCGAUCCAGGGUCAGAUAGUAGGUGGCGCCACAAAUUGUCCCACUGAGGCUGAUGACCUCGACAGCAGAAACUCGACCAACACGUCCAUAGUUUCACUGGAUGAGACGAAACAAGCUUACUUGAUUGCUUCAGGGGUCAUCUGCAUCAUCUACGUCUUCUGUGCCAUAGUCUUGUUUUUUGGUGUGAAGGAGCGAAAAGAGAGCCAGCGAAAGAAAACAUUGCUCACGUUCCGUCAGGGCCUCUGGCUGGUGAUGAGUCACGGACCGUACGUCAAACUGGUCAUCGGCUUCCUCUUCACCUCUCUGGCCUUCAUGCUACUGGAGGGAAACUUUGCCCUUUUCAUCACCUACUCUCUCGGCCAUAGGAGCCACUUCCAGAAUAUUCUCCUGGUCAUCAUGCUAUCUGGGACUCUAACCAUCCCGUGGUGGCAGUGGUUUCUGACCCGGUAUGGGAAGAAGAAAACGGUUUACUUUGGCAUCUCGUGGGCGGUACCCUUCAUGAUCCUCAUCAUCAGCAUCAAGAGCAACCUGAUCAUUUCUUACUUGGUCUCGGUGGCGGCAGGUGUGAGCGUGGCGGCAGCUUUCCUCCUGCCUUGGUCAAUGCUUCCCGAUGUAAUGGAUGACUUCAAGGUUAAAAACCCUGACAUCCACGGUCACGAAGCCCUCUUCUACUCCUUCUAUGUGUUCUUCAUCAAGUUUGCCUCUGGAGUAUCCCUGGGUAUCUCUACACUCAGUUUGAAAUUUGCCGGCUAUGUGACCGGGAGCUGCUCACAACCCGAGGCCGUCAGUUUAACCCUGAAGGUGCUGGUCUCUCCUGUGCCUGUGGUCCUUAUAGUGGUGGGACUCUUGAUAUUGAGGACCUACCCUAUUGAUGAAGAAAGGAGGCAGGGAAACCGAAAACUACUGCAGGAAAUGCUGGACUCUGAGUCCGAAACUUCAGCGCUUGGAAGCGAGGUGUAGCGGCAGAGGACGAGCCAACCAACCACCACAGCUGCUUUAACAUGUUUGCACAGGCUGUCGAGGGACUCGACCGCCAACUAUCUGGACUAACAGAGGAGAAACCACAGACCACUGCUGACCAAACAUCAUCAGCAUUAACCGGCUUCCUCUGGUGGAUCACACAGGUUUACGUCGCCCUCUAGUGGCCGGACAGCGGCAUCUCGUGUGGGAUUCAAGUAUUUUCUGUUCUUUAUCUCCAGCUGUGUCCCAGUUAAACUCUAUCUGCUAAAACUAAACGGCAUACACAAUUUACAAAUAUCUACAGUGUAUUGGCCGGUAGUGUAGAACCAAAGUCCUUCUUGCUUUCACUUCCCAACAUACUGAGGUUUUCUGUCAUUGUUAAGAUGAAACACACCAUAUUUUACUUACUGCUUAACUGGACAGUAAAAUCUCAUCACAUUUAUCAUUUUAAAGGAAGAUGAAACAUGUUUUAGUUAGCUUUAAACAAUUACAGCUCCUAUAUGGCUCAUGGGAGCUGUAGGCUUUUUUAUCUUGGUGGAAUUUUCCUCAACAGAGAGAAUUUUUUUUUCCAAAGAUUUGUGACUUUAUUGUUUACUGAGAUGCAACUAUGUUAUUUACCUCCACUAGCAGCUCCUCCAUUUCUUAUGUGCAUUGCAAUGUGGGACAGUAGUUUUCAUCAACUCUAUUUUUACACCAGUGUGAAUGCACUACAUACUUAAAUACUAUGUUGGUUUUGGGACACAGCUGGAGUGUGAUGUUACCAUUGUUGUUUACUAUGUCUUUGGUCACUUGUGUGUGACAUACCAUUCAGACGGUGCUCUGAAGGAAAUGCACAGUAUCAGCCUUUAUUUAUAAAGGGCAUACCAGCACUAUUCCACUGAUUGGAGUUGUAUGGAGCGGUGCUGCAUUUUCUACUGUUCAUUUGGUGUUGUUGUUUCCUUUUAGAAAGGCAAACACUUUAAGUGUACUUGAAUCUUCUGAAGGGGAAAAGGCACCUCGUGGUAUGAUGUACUCAGUACAUCAUACCACGAGGUGCCUUUUUAAGGUGCCUUACACACGCACACAUCUUGAAUAACUAGUUGUAAUGAGAUUUUCUGUUGAACUUGUUACUCUCAGAUUACUUUUUGCCACUGAGAAGGGUUUUCCCACCUUUUUUGUGCUUUAAUAUUUCAGCCUAUCUCCGUCAGGUUUAUCAGACAUCUCGGAAUGGGCUUUCACAGCGAAGUCAACUCCAGUAUGACGUCAUCCAGCAUGUUCUCACUUCCCGAAGGGAAGGAAAAUGCUUUAUUUAAAUAUUUAUUUAAACAAACUAUCUAAGGGAUUGUCAUUUUUUCUUAUGAAAGCACGUGUAUAAUAAUUUAUUAAUGGUUAUUGAUGGAUAUGUGAGUGAUAUUCAAGUCCUGUGGAAAACAUUUGAGAACAUCAAAAUGAUGGAUUUUUGUUUUUAUAGCACAAGUUGCUAUAAUGUGAUAAACAAGCUGCCUUUACAGUGUUGUGACUCUUAAAAACAGCAUCCCCAAACCCAGUUUUUCUAUUCUAUGGUAUGCGGGAGACAUUUGUCCUCUCUUUAGAUGACUUCACAUCCUUAUUGGUUAAGUUAUUAAGAUUUCAGAGAAAUCUCUUUAAAGCUUAAUAUAUUCCUGCACAGUUUUCAUUUGAGAUUGCACUGAAUGGACUGAAUGAAGCACAUUGCAUCUCUCCUUGGUGUUUAUAUGUAUGAUAUGUAAAUACUUUUUUCCAAGUUUGAUCAGCGAAGAGACAAAUUAAUGUGCUGUAAAUUUGUAAUUUUCAGUCUGUGAAUAAAGGUUGUCAAAAAAAAGAAAAA